UCCCACCGCCCGGAUUCCCGCCCUUCCCUCCUCCCAUGAGCCCCCGCGGCCCGUCCCUUCCGGCACAUCAAGAUGGCGCAGCCGCCGGUUCUCCUCAAGGACACCAAGCUGAUGGACGUGAAGCUGGGCCAGCUGGGCACCUGGCUGGCCAUGAGAGACUUCACCCCCGGCGGCAUCUUGGGGGCCGUGAAGAGAGGUUACACCAGAUACUACAACAAAUACAUCAAUGUGAGGAAGGGGGGCCUCGGGGGUAUCUCCAUGCUGCUGGCUGGGUACAUUGCCCUCAGCUACAUGUGGAGCUACAGUCACAUCAAGCACGACCGCAGGAGGAAGUACCACUGAAACACCAUCAGAAGGGGAAGGUGCAGCUCCUGGCACAGCUACCCUGACAGAAGACAUCAGAACUAUGGAUAUUAAAUCUGUACUCUUGUGACCAAUAAUAAAGUGCAUACACUUUACAUUUCCUGA